CGCUGAUGUCAUAAUUACGAUUUAUCUAAAUAAUAUUGUAUAUAGAUUAAAGGCAGGUAAUUUGAAUUUUAAAAAGACAUGGGGAUAUGUAUUAUGCAUCCCGCCCAAUCUCAUCACAAACAUCAGAUCCAGUUUCCCUCUUCCCUUUCCCUCUGGCGAUUUUUUACCCUAAAUUCCAAAAACUCACUACAAAGUUCAGAUCUGUGGAUCUGCUCUAACCUACCGAUCUGCUCAUGUUGCUCUCCAUCUCCGAUCAGGCCUCCAAUCAUCUACAAGGUUUUGAAAUGUGAGUAUGUUGUUCGUGGUGAAAUUGUGUCUCUGGCUCAGAAAUUACAGCACGAUUUGCAAGCAAAUCCAGGUUCUCAUCCUUUUGAGGAGAUAAUUUAAUUUAACAUUGGAAAUCCACAGUCUCUUGCUCAGCAGCCAAUCACCUUCUUGAGAGAGGUUUGCAUUCUGCAAUACUUUUAUUGUUGUAUUUGUAUGUUAUUGUUGCUUAAUGCUGUGUUGCUUAAUGCCGUUGAUUUAGAUUUAAGACCUUCACAUGUCGGCAACGCUUCAGUUAUGGUUUCUCUUAUCAGUUUUGUUAUUUCUUUUUUGGUAAUUAAAUUCCAAUUUAAGUUCUUUUUCUUUUGUUGUAUUUUAGAAUUAGAAGAAAGCAAGCAGAUGUGGAGUUUUAAUUGAACAAAGUUGGCAUGUGUUAAUUGUUUGAUUUUUUUUCAGUUUAGCUACUGAAAUAAAGUUGAUUUGUAUAUUUGUAGGUGGAAGCUGUUAGAUUUUGUAGAGCUUAAUGUAUCAGUCUUAAUAAUCAAGAAAGAAAGUUAAGAAAUCGUCGUCAUCUGUCGCUGUGACGGUCAAUUUGUCGCUACAUUCUAAGUCAAUUACGCCUCCGCCGCCGUCGGUUUUGAGACGGAAGGAUUGUAAAAUGCUGAAGUCGAAUUUUUCGAUGAAUGUGUCAUGCUCAUAGGAUGCUUCCUCUGAUUCUUUGCACAGUCGAGCGUCUGUUGGGAGGAUUAGUCGACGGAGUGUGACGUCGGUCCGUGGUAAGGAAUCUGCUGGUUUGAGAACUGGAAAGGUUGAGAAUGGUUUCAGAACAGUUUCGAAAGUAGGAAAAGCUGAGAGUGGUUCAAGAGGUGAGAAAGUUGAAAAUGUUGUGGAGAUUGAUGGUUCUUUGGAGGCUUCGGGUGAUGCUUCGCAGGGACGGAAGAGCUGUCCUUGGGUGACGGCU